CAUGAUAAGAACAUAAAGGGGCGGAGCUAAUUUCAGUAAUCCGCCGCACAUAAAGCCCAAAACAGAAGCAAAUUUUUCAUCAAGUAAUCGAUUUGAAUCGUAAUAGAGGUGUAAGCUUUAUUGUGUUAUUAAUCAUGCCUCCUAAAACUAGUGGAAAAGCCGCGAAAAAGGCCGGUAAAGCCCAGAAAAACAUCUCAAAGACCGACAAGAAGAAGAAGCGCAAGAGGAAGGAAAGUUACGCAAUUUACAUCUACAAGGUAUUGAAACAAGUCCAUCCAGAUACCGGAAUUUCCAGCAAGGCCAUGAGCAUCAUGAACAGUUUUGUGAACGAUAUUUUUGAACGCAUCGCUGCCGAAGCGAGCAGACUAGCCCAUUACAACAAACGUUCAACAAUUACCAGCAGGGAAAUUCAGACGGCAGUGCGACUUCUCUUGCCAGGUGAGCUGGCCAAGCACGCAGUCAGCGAAGGUACAAAGGCAGUGACAAAAUACACCAGUUCCAAGUGAAGAACAAUUUUUG